AACACAAGCAAGCCAUAGCCCUACAGACUCUAAUCAAUACUGUGGAAGUACUUGAAUACAUAUAUUUAUUCUUUUUUUUUUUUUUUACAAAAAAAUUAAGCAAGUGCAAACCUGUUCGAACAAUGUGGUGAAGUGAAAAUGUUUGUUCAUUCAGAUGUGUUGAUCUGGUGCAAUGUGUGAUUGAUUUAUUUAGACACCUGCAAUUUCCGUGCAGGUUUGAAUCAAUUUUAAAACGCUGAUCCUUCCUUGUUGAUUUGUAUCAAAAUAAAUAUAUUCUACUAUAAACCUUUCAUUGUUUUGCCUUGUAUUAUUUAUAAAGGUGUUAUUGGUCGAGGUCAGCAUGCUGAUAAAAUGUUAGCCUUUACCAUAUCAUGCCAUUUAAACCAAUAUGAUAUUGUCACACUUUAAUUGCAUAGUUAUAUAUGGCUCUUACUAACAUUAAGGUCUAGAUUUGGAUUUUAGAUGAGAAAGAAUCGGUGUCGGCGUGCGUUAAAGCGCGCCCCCCUCGGACUCAAAUAUUGGGGACACCUAUCGACGGGGUAGGGAGCGCGCAUCUUCUGUGCUCGAAUUCACCGAGCAGCACUCACGGUUACCGUGUGCUCCCGGAGAUCUGGGCGAGGGGAGCCAGUGGUCAGAACAGAGACGGAGGGGGAGAAAGAUGGAGGUUAGGUUUUGUGGGAGACUUCUGUGCUUGGCCGCGUUGUUCACUGUCCUAUGUGUCGCGUCUGUCUUCGGGAAACACGUCAAAGGCAUCGUCAACACCAAAGAGGACUGGGUUUUCCUCACACGCUUUUGCUUUCUAACUACAGAAGGACGCCUUGACUUCCGGUUCCGCUACUCAAAGUCUCGCUGCUGUCAGAACAUAUUGCUCUACUUUGAUGACAGCUCUCAGUGGCCAGCUGUGUACAAGAAGCCCGAUAAGAACUGUUACCAGAAGGAGGAGGUGCUCCGACCAGAGAACAACCAGGUCAUCAACCUCACCACACGCUACACCUGGUCUGGCUGUGUGGUGGAGGAGGAUGGGGACGAGGAGGUGCUCAGCUGCGUGGGCGGACGUAGUUUCCGCUCCGUCAGGGAGAGGUGGUGGUACAUUGCGCUCAGCAAGUGUGGGGGCGAGGGCCUACAGCUGGAGUAUGAGAUGAAACUAACCAACGGACAGUCCUUCUGGACCAAGCAUUUCUCCGCGGAUGAGUUUGGGAUCCUGGAAACGGACAUCACUUUCCUGGUUAUCUUCUCCCUGGUGUUCCUCCUGUCCUGCUACUUUGCCUACAAUCUGAAGGGAAGACAGCUCUUCCACACAACCUACAAGAUGUUCAUGACAGCGGCAGGUGUUGAGGUCCUCAGUCUGGUGUUCCACUGUAUCUACUGGGACCUCUACGCCCAUGAUGGCAUUGGCAACGGCAGUCUGAAGUUAAUGGGGAAAUUAUUGUUUUCCGUCAGUUUCUUGGUGUUCCUGCUUAUGCUGAUACUGCUGGGAAAAGGUUUCACUGUCACAAGGGCGAGGAUAAGUCCCAGUGGCUCUGUGAAGCUGAGCAUCUACAUGACAGUCUACACCAUCACCUACAUCAUCCUCUUCAUCUACGAGGCUGAGUUCUUCGACCCGGGGGAGGUGCUGUACGCCUACGACAGCCCCGCGGGCUACGGCCUGAUGGGCCUUCAGCUGCUGGCCUACGUGUGGUUCUGCUACGCCGUCCUGGUCUCCCUGAAGCACUACCCGGAGAAGCAGCCCUUCUACAUCCCCUUCUUCACCACCUACACACUCUGGUUUUUUGCAGUGCCGGUCAUGGCCCUGAUCGCAAACUUUGGGAUUUCUCGGUGGGCUCGGGAGAAGAUUGUGAACGGCAUCCAGCUGGGCAUCCACCUCUACGCACACAUAGUGUUUCUGGUGAUCACAAGGCCUUCCGCGGCCAAUAAGAACUUCCCGUACCACGUGCGGACCUCCCAGAUCGGCAUCCUGCUCUCCAGCCCCGUGGGGGAGGCGACGGGGGAGGGGUUCCCUCACCACGCCUACGGGAACAGCUCCUUCCUGGGCGACUCGCAGCCCAACUUCACAGAGCUCUUCUCCAUCCAGUCGGAUCCUGUGAAGACGGUGGAAGAGAUGGUGGCCCGCAAUGGCAAAGAGGUGGCGCGGAACAAGGAGCAGAAGAUCAUCACCACCGCCGCCGACUUGCUGUCUGAGUUGCCGCCACCCCCUCCUCCGCCCCCUCCGCCCAUACCCCCCCGCCUGUCCGCUCGCUCCUCCUUCACAGAGUACUUCAGCAUGCAGGGUGGGGGCGGAGGGUCUUUGGGGACCAAGGCAUAACAAAGUGAGAUGUAAAGGACAAGAGGACAGAGAGAAAGAGAGAGAGAGUUGAGGUUGGAACGUGAGGGUUGGGCAUUACAGAGUUCAUAAAAAGAGUGCCAGUAUUAAAUGAGAAACGAGCAACAUGGAUUGAGUCAGAAACAUCUAAAAGGGAGUGAUUGUUGGGGGAAAAGCUCAAAGGGACCGACACUCGGAAUAUCGAAUGUAAGGAAAUACCAACGUUGGAAUCAUGGAGUGAAUGCAUCAGAAGCAUGCCUGCAAAAUGGAAUCCCGAGAGCGUUCCAUCCUGACCUGUGAAGGAGCGUGAUCGGAAUGUGACCUGAACGGCAGCAAAUAGCUCAAGAGAUAAGAGUGUCAAAAGCACAUUGGAGAACGAAGAAGCAAUAAAUAUUUUAUGUCCGAUGAUGAGUAAGAGCUGUGCCGGGAGAUGGAUGAGAAAGUGGAUUGAGCAAAGAGCAAUAGCAAAACCACUGCAGAGCUACAUGUGGAAGCCAACUUACAAAUUUUGACUUUUGACAGAUUUUUGUUUAAAAUGUACCAAGGCAUCACAAAUGAUGGGCUUGAGGGGUGUACAUAGUUAAGGAAGGAGGGGUCGUAUGAGUUGGAAUAGUUAGCUUUAUAGCAAAAAAACACAAAAACAAGACUUAUGUUUUGAUAUAUUUUUUUGUGUCCACAAUAAAUAUUUCAAAUUGAUGCUUUGAUCAACAAAAUUCUCAUGCCAUGUUAACAUACCUUAAGUAUAGUGUUUAUAUCCCUGUGAGCAACAAAAUAAGUUAUAUUCUUUGAGUAUCUUUAUAUUGUUUUAAGCCUAUGUGGCACAUACCUAAUUUUGACUAAAAUUCAGAUGUGUAAAUGAACAACGUCACGUUUACUGUGGACACUUUAUUUUUUAAAACAAAUGCAUGUUUAAAUUGUGCUUUUUUCUCUCCAAAAGCAUAUAUAUAGAUAUUCAAUAAAUCAAUACUAUUUGCGCAUUGUAUGUAUUCAAACCUACAUUUUGAAGUUGCAUACAAUAUGCUGUAGUAUAUUCUAAAUGGCAAAUCAUAUCUUAAUAGAGGAUUAUGAUGCUUAUUUAAAUAUAUUACAACCCCCCCUCUCAUACUAUGGUAUCAAUGUAAUAGUACCUCUAUGCUUUUUUGCUUUCCAUUAGACUUGAAACUAAGACCGUCAUUUUUUAUUUCUGUGUGUGUAGACGUUGGUGAAUGUACUAAUGCAAUAGAGCACAACAGCGGGUGGGGGGUGUUUUUGGUUACCAUACUUGUAUAAUGUCAUUGGUGGUCAUCAUCUUAACCUCUGUUUUUAUUUCAAACAUGAAAGGAGUUGUAUAGCACAGUUGUACAUUUCCCACACUAGUUUUACUGCAAUUAACUACAAGAUAUUGUCCCUAACAAGUACACGUAACUGUGUCUUGGUUGAUUUGCUAAUAUUAAUAGUUGUAUGAUAUAAAUAUACAUGUUUUGUUUUCCCCCCCUUCAAUUAAGCAAUGACAUAAAAUAUAAGUAUUAGUAGACAAACUGUGAAAAUAGCAACUGAAAUGUACAUUUUGUUUGUCCUGCAUGGAGCACUUUACUGUUCCUGGUCUCAUUCCGGCUAGUUGUGAUCGUGUCACCGAGGAGACUAAUCUGCUUUCACACAGCAACCAUUCGUAAUGCCAUUGGUUUGAACAUAACACGUGUACAUAUACACCUAAAAUGUCUGUUCAUUUUAGAGAAUGGGAAAUAUAAUGUUAUGUAUAGAAGAAUUCUGUAGAAAUCGAUCGAAGAGCAAUGUGAAAGACAUGUGAAGUGUCUUUGAAGAAACUGAAUUUCCACUUUCAGUAUAUGAAAACACUCAAUUAAAAAGUACAAACAUACCGUCAAUAGGAUACAAAGGCAAACUGUAUUCUAAUUUAUUUCCUCUCUAACAUGCAUUGGUUUAGCCAUUGCUUAUUUCAAAAACAAAAACAAGUUUAUCUGGUAUUUGAUUAAUCUAAUCUAAUCUGAACUGGAACCCUCCUCUACAAUUGUAUCAACGUUUAUCUUGCUAUAACGUCAAGAGUGUCUUAGAAUGUUAAAACUGUGUUGUGUUAUUCGUAAGAGUAUGGUAAAAGAUAUAAAAGUGUAUGUGAACACUGAAUAUUCGACAAAGCCCUAUAGUGGUUUCCUGGUUGUGUGGGAUAUCAUCAUAUUUGGCAUGACUGCCAUUCAUUUCCUCUUGCUUGUGGUUCUGUUUACCAUGACGAAGAAAUAGGUGACUGGGGAAUGGGCGCCUUGAGAAAUGGUUCCAAAAGGCUGAGGCUACUGCUUCAACACAUGUGUUAACGGUGUACAAGUACAUGCACGCACAUGCAGGGUGAAGGAUGAGUAGGGCCUGUGUAUGCAUGACGGAGACCAGCACAGCGGCUCUGAGUAAAUGGGUUAUGAGCACAUCAAUGAAGCACUCUUCAUAUUCAUUUUAAUGGUGUCAUGAGAAUUCUAUAUAUGCUGUACAUACACAUUUUUGGCAAACUAAUAAAGACAAUGUUGGUUUUAUUAGACA